AUGGAGUACGAAGGGAAGGAGUACGACCUCGGGACUUGGGGGUGGGACCAAGGCAUGAGAGAUCAACAAUAUGGGAAUAGAGGAGAUAGGAUGGGAUAUAGAGGCGAUAGGAUGGGAAAUAGAAGAAAUAGGUUUAGGGAGAGGAAUGAUCAUCAAGAUAGGGGCUUGAACACUAUCAAGGUGCUCAAGAAGGUGUACAUGUUGAGGCAAGGUACUAAAACUGUGGAAGAAUAUUAUGAUGAGUUUGAGAACUUGCGGAUGAAGUCUAAAAUUGAAGAGAAUAUGGAAUGUACGGUGAUACAAUUCGUGGAAAACUUGAGGUAUGAUAUCUUGAAGCUCUUGAAGCUUAAGCACUAUGAGACUCUUGAAGUGGCUUUCCAUGAUGCCUCAAAGGUAGAAGCAGAUUUGAAAGAAAAAAAGUCAUACAAGGCCAAAAGUUCUUUAACUUCCACAUGGAGCAAAGGUAGAGAUAAUUGGAAGACGACAUCCUCUAGGGAGCAACCUAAAGGUGGAGGUCAAGUUGCCCAAGUCAAGCUUGAUUACAAAUCCAAGGCAAGUGAGCAACCACAAGGAGAUAUAAGACUGAAGAUGAAGAUGAGGAUGAAGAAAAAAAAUAAGGGAGAGGGAGAUAGGGGUGAAGGAGAGGAAGGUGCUUCAGGGGAUGAAGAAGAAGGGUUGGACGAGAGGGUGAAUUUUGCUUGCUUCAUGAAGAAGGGAAAGUCUUUGCUUGAUGAUGAUGAAGACUUGAACAUGAAUGUCAAUCUUUCGUGUGUUGUGAGAAGAAUUAUGGGAGCCCUUGCAAAAGAAGAACUUUACCAAAGGGAGAAUCUAUUUCAUGCUAGGUGCAAAAUCCAAUAUAAAGUGUGUUCUUUAAUCAUUGAUAGCGGGAGUUUCACUAAUGUGGUGAGUAGUUCCUUGGUGGAGCGUAUGAAAAUACAAGCCAACAAGUAUCCCAAUCCUUAUAAGCUACAAUGGCUCAAUGAGAGUGGAGAGAUGAAGGUCCUCAAACAAGCAAGUAUUCGGUUUAGUGUGGGAAAGUACAAUGAAGAAUUGGUUUGUGAUGUGGUUCCCAUGUUGGCAUGUCACCUACUAUUGGGGAGACCUUGGCAAUUUGAUAGAGAUGUUGUGCACCAAGGGAGAUCCAACAAAUACACUUUUGUGAUUGAAGGUAAAAAGUAUGUGCUUGCACCUCUCACUCCAUAUCAAGUGAGUGAGGACUAUCGGGCUAUGAAGGAGCUUCGGGAGAGAAUGCAAAAGGUGAAGGGCUAUGAUGAGCUAUUUCCAGAUGAGAUGCCCGCUGGAUUACCACCCUUGAGGGGAAUCGAGCACCAAAUAGAUUUUAUACCGGGUUCACAAAUCCCCAACCGUCCAGCUUAUAGGAGUAACCCGGCAGAAACCAAAGAGCUAUUAAGGCAAGUGGAAGAGCUUCUUGAGAAGGGGUUGAUCAAAGAAAGCCUAAGUCUUUGUGCCAUACCGGUAAUUCUUGUUCCCAAAAAGCAUGGCACUUGGAGAAUGUGUAUUGAUGGUAGAGCCGUAAAUAAGAUCACGAUGAAGUAUCGACAUCCCAUUCCUCGACUUGAUGAUAUGCUUGAUGAGCUAUGUGGUUCUAUUAUUUUCUCCAAGAUUGACCUUCGAAGUGGGUAUCAUCAAAUUCGUAUGAAAUCGGGUGAUGAGUAG